UUCUUCCAGCAACUAAAAAAGUUCUUCUUACUUCCUCCUGGUCUAUUCAACUGUGCUUAAGAAAACAAAUCACUGCGCAAUCAGAUCAGAUCAUGAGUGGAUGCGCCAGACCAAGGAGACCCAGCCCACAGUCUGGGGAAGAAGACUCCGAUGAAACAUCCCAGCCAAUAGAACUGAAGCCAGAUGAAUGGAAUGGAUUCUGUGAAAUUGAAUCAGAGCCUGCCUUUUUCAAUGUGAUGCUCCGGGAAUUUGGCGUCAAGGGCGUCAAAGUGCAAGAAGUCGUGUCAUUAGAAGAGGAAUUGCUCGCAUUUCUGAACAAACCCGUCUACGGCUUGAUCUUCCUUUUUCGCUGGCGAGAGGACGAUCCUGAAAAGCAGGAACCAAGCUGCCCUGAAGGGCUUUGGUUUGCCAAUCAGACAGCUAGUAAUGCCUGCGGCAGUGUGGCAUUAUUAAACAUCGUCAAUAAUAUAGAAGGCAUUGAACUGGGUGAGAAUUUACAGCAGUUCAAAGAUUUUACCAUGUCUUUUACACCUGCAUUGCGGGGCGAUGCCAUCAAUAAUUUCGAAUUUGUCAAACGAAUACACAAUUCGUUUGCACGUAAGAUGGACAUGCGCAAUGUUGAUCUACAACUGAAAAAUGAAGCAACUUCCCGGCGGCGGACCAAAAGUACUCGGGACGACGAGGCAGACGCGGGAUUUCAUUUUAUUGCAUUCGUCCCAGCGAUGGGUAAAGUGUGGAAGUUUGACGGAUUAGAACGCCAGCCCCAGUCCAUAGGAGAUUGCCCGGAAAAUGACUGGCUAGACUUGGUCAGCCCCAACAUCUUGACGAGAAUGGAGGAGUACGAAGAAGACCAGAUUGAAUUUUCCAUUUUGAGCUUAGGCAGAGAUCCUCUUCUUGGCCUUACGGAAAAGUUGGCUGUCAACGUCAAAAGUCUAGAGGUUGUCAAUAAGCGCCUCAGGGACACGACCAAUUCUGAGACUGCUACGGCCGACGACACUGAAGACAACACUAUUCUGGGACCCGAUGCAUCAUUAUCCCUGACAAGAGAGGCAAUCGACCAUGCCGAAAUCCCCGCAGAUCAAAAAGAGGCGUACGAAAGUUGUUCUGAAGAAUUGAACCAAUGCCGUCAGAAGCUCAGUGAAGAACAGCAAGAGCUUCGGGCCGCCAUCCGAGAAGAACAACAGUCAAAAAAUGCCGACGAUGACUAUGCAGCAGGCCGGCGAUACAACUAUGGAUCGACCGUAGGUAAAUGGGUAGGCACUUUAGCGCGUAAAGGGGUCCUUGAGGAUCAGGCUGUUUAAUUAUUCUUUUACGUGCUUGCUAUAGAUAGUAAUAAGUAUACUUCCGCGCGUGAACCUCGUGGGAGAUUCGAUUGGC